GGCGGGUGGGCCGGGCCGGAGCGGGGAAGCUGACGGUCCGUCUCCAGCGCGGAAAAUGGCAGCUGGGCGGCUGCGAUAACCUGCUCCUUGCCGCACGGUGUCCGGCACAGCCAUGUGACGAUCCCCAGGUUUAACAAGCUAGGAGGAAAAGCCAUGGAACCGGAUGUUAUUAGAAUGUAUUCUUCUUCACCGCCACCAUUAGAUGAUGGGACUGAGUUUGAUGAAGAUGAGUUUGGUGAAUUUGGUGGCUUCUCGGGAGUUGGUACAUCCACCCUUGGGUAUAAUGACUUUGAUUUGGAAGACCCACAUGAAAACUUCAUGUCCCAGAACCAUUUUGUGCCUGGCAACGAGUACUCCAGUGAUGCACAUGUGUUUGCUGACUUUCAUUCAGCUGGUGCCUGUGAGGGCAGAGACAUUCACUCAGACUUCUCAAAGCCUAUGCCAAAUGACAUGGCUAUAAUUGCUGAUAAAGAUGCAACCCAGUCCAAAUCAAAGAAUGUUUUUGAAUGUACAACAACAGAAUCCGUAAAACAAACGGCAGUAACUGCGCAGCCUGCCAUUUUGGCCAAGAAUGUCCCUGCAGUAAGUUUAAAACCAGAAGAGCAAGAAGAGUGUUACAAUGGUGGCAAGACCACCCCAGAGGUUCUCACUAAUGGGUACUCGACUAUGGACUCUGAGCAUUCACGGGGAAUAGAAAAUAUGGUUGCCGCAAAUGACCAAAAGGCUAUAAAUGUUAACAUAUCUGAGCUCUCUUCCGACAUGAAACCUGGUCGAGUUGAAGACUUUACUGCAUUUUCUAACUUUGAAAUGUCUGCUACUUUAACAGAAGAAAAAAAGGAUAGGUCUUUAUCAAGCAUAGGAACAGUACCACUGACAACGGAGCAUAGUUCUGACGAUGAGUCAACUUUAGGGAAUCUGCCAACAGUUGAGGCCAGUUUGGACCUUGCUGUAAGUCAUGAUGAACCUGAAGUUGUGGAUGAACAAAUUGAAGGUGCAUUUGCCCCACCGAAGUGUAAAAAUGAGAACGGUGCAAAUGAAGGAGAUGGCACCCAGUGCCUCCCCUCUGAACUUAGUACUACAGACAAUAUAGACAUUUCUAAUGGCAUUCAGAGCUCCUCGGAGUCAAUGGAAGACUUUGAAAGCGGAGAUCAAAAUACUCGGCAGGCAACUUGUGAAUCUUUGGGCACAGGAAAAGAAACCACUACCACGGUGCAAUCAGAAGCUUCUCCUGUAGCACAGAAACAACACCAGCCAGAUUUGGAAACAUGUAACCUUGAUGAAGAAACGCUUGAAGUAGUUACACACAGCAUUGCAUGUAAUGAGUUAGUGGUUGGACAAGACAACGUAGUCAUUGAAGAGCUUCCGGCAGCUGAAACAGAAAGGACAGAGGAAAAUGAGCCUGGUGAUUUUAGAAUUUCUAGAAGCGGUUCAGUGGAUGGUGAUGUUUCUGUGUUUAGAUCAGUGAAUACUGAUGCACAGGCUGGAGACUCUGACAGCAGGAGUGGUUCAAAUUCGCCAACUGAAGAAUUUGCCACGUUUCAGGAAGAUGAUUUUGGUGACUUUGGUACCACAAGUAAUGACAGCGUGUCAACGUUUGGUAAUUUACCACAAGAUCCUACAGAAAAGAAAGCGCUGUCUGCAGCUGACGUGGGAUUAGAUGAACACGGAGCCGCUGCGGCCACAUUUACAAAUGACGAGGGUUUUGGCGAAUUUGGGUCCACUCAAGAUGAAAAUGGCUCUGAAUUUACGGGUUUCCAUCACGACGAAGACUUUUCAGGCGAUGGCCAGGCUGAGUGGAAUGCCUUUGGGGAGUCAGCGCCUGAAAGUACGUCAUGGGCAGCCUUUGGAGAAGAGCAGUCUUCUGAAUGUAAAGAGGAAAUGAGUGAAUGCAGCAGGACUGAACCUGCCCUAAGUAGCAACUCGGGCACAGUGGACCCUGCCUCCUUUCAGUCUAUUGAUGAAAUGGCAAGAAUGAAGAGUACAACUCCAUGUGAUGUAACCUUGACACAAGUGCAUCUGCUAAACCGCCUGGGUCGGAUAUUCCAAACGUGUUUUGCUUCACUGCCAGUACUAGAGGUCAAUGAGGAAGUCUCUACUCUGAGACAGGUUCUGCAGACCGGAUUGGGGAAGAGCGAGGAGGUCAAGCCAAGCAACGGGGAGUUAUUGGCCGUGUGGACGGAGCUGCAGGAUGUGGAAGAUGCUCAUGGCCUGAGGUACCAGUGGGGUGGAUCCCAUAGCAACAAAAAGCUGCUCAUCUCCCUGGGAAUUGAUACCCGAAACAUAUUGUUUACUGGACAGAGGAAGCAGCCAGUUAUAGUUCCUGCUUAUGCAUCUGGUCUGGGUAUGUUAGAACCCACCAAAGAACCAGUCAAGCCAAUAUCAGCUGCAGAGAAGAUAGCUUCAAUAGGUCAGACUCCAACUGCAAGUGUUUCAGCGUCUGAGAUGAACACUUCUACAUGUGAUGAAACCCAGGAUCACGUCCCGCCUGUCCAGUUUGACUGGAGUAGCAGUGGCCUUACUAAUCCUCUUGAUGGUGUUGAUCCAGAAUUGUACGAGUUGACCACAUCCAAACUGGAGGGCACUAACACUGUCAACCGAAUGACCGAUGCAUUUGCUCGCCUCAUGUCCACCGCAGAGAAAACGAGCACGUCUAGCAGGAAACCAAAGAAGGCGGAGGUAGUGAGUGGUGAAGCUGCCCAGGUGAUUGCCACCCUCCCAGACCUGUCCUUCAUGCAUGCCAAGGUACUGAUGUUCCCAGCCACACUCAGGCCCUUGGUAAGCACGUGUGACAAGGCAGACUGAGCCGCCCGCGGACACCAGACUUGAUGGACAUUUUAAAAUAAGACAUUUUACCUUCCUCAACUUUAAAAACUAAUCGGUCAAUCGGAUGAUUUAUUGAUCAGCAGAUCUGGAGGAUUCAACACCAAUAAUACGAUAAUGUUGUAUAUUUAUUUAUAUUGAAGUCAUUUCCGGAUGUUUAUAUUAGGAAACCUGUAAAUACCAGGUGAAGGGUUUGCAGACUAUUUUUUCCUUUUGCUCUGCUGGGUUGUACACGUUAGUUUGGUUAGCUGAUCUGGCAAUGACCUUAAUAAAACAUUGAUCGUUUGGAUGUUCAGAUUCUGUUUCACACUGACAUCCUGGUGAAUCUUUCAAUGUUAUGUUCUGUUUAUUACUGAUUUGAAUCCAACCUCUCGGGCCGUUUCAAAGCCCCUCUGUUGAAACAUUGACCUCUGCUACUGUUUGUGUGUGCCCUGUUUUGACCGAGCCCUCUCUCACUGGCUCAGGCCAAACACAGGAAGAUAUCACUGAAGCCAUUUGCAAGAUCAGAGUUUCUCAAGUGGGCCGCCCGCACCUUUCGAAUCAACCGCUGACAUUCUCAGCCUGGGCUCAUUUGGGGGACCAGGGACCAAGAUCUUGCCUUGGCUAUUUGUUUUAUUUUGCCACUAAUACAUAUUUUAUUGAGCAUUUGCACAGUGUAAAGAUUUGGUGGACAUAAUCAUAGUUUGCAGUGAUUCAGGCUGUAUGUACAUUAAUAACUAUGGAAUGUAAAUGGUGAAAUUCCUAUGGAAACAAAUGAUUCAGUGAAGAACCUGAAUAGGUUGACGUGCAUGUCCAGGUUCUUUUAUAACUGUAGUAUGUAUAUUUACUUUUAGAAUACAGAGAAAUAAAAGAGAUGAUUUCAAACA